AUGCACCACGACUCCCACAUCCGGUUGUUGCCGGAAAGCAAUCGGAAAAUGCUAGGACACAGUAAUCUUUUGAGGUUGGAUAAAGGAGACUCAACUCAGGAAGAAGACCAGCAGGUUGACAAAAUCACCUUAAACCCAGAAGGAUUUUCCCCUAACUGUUCUCCAACAGCGGCUGCUUUUCUUCAGGCUGAGCUGGAACUCAGCGCCCGUCUGCGAACUUUGACCUUUAAGGAUCCAGUGCGCUAUGUGUACAACCCACUGGAGUAUGCGUGGGACACACAUUUUCUCUUUGCUGAGAAGUACUGCCACAGUGGGCAGAGCGUCCUAUUCUUGGGGAUGAACCCAGGACCAUUUGGCAUGGCGCAGACUGGAGUUCCAUUUGGUGAAGUAAAGGCCGUGCGUGAUUGGCUGAGGAUCUCUGGCAAGGUUGGGAAUCCUCCUAAAGAGCAUCCGAAACGUCCAAUCAGAGGCUUUCUCUGCUCUCAGAGUGAAGUGAGCGGUGCACGGUUCUGGAGUUUUUUCAAGGAGCUCUGUGGAGAACCAGAACGCUUUUUCCGGCACUGUUUUGUCCAUAACCUAUGCCCGCUGAUGUUUAUGAGUGAGUCUGGAAGGAAUGUGACGCCCCCCGAGAUGCCUGCUGAGGACCGGGAAGCCCUGUUUAGCCAUUGUGAUGCUGCGCUGUGCCAGGUGGUACGUGCUCUUGGUGUUUCCAUGGUGAUCGGAGUGGGCAAGGUGGCAGAGCAGCGAGCCCGGCGUGGCCUCGCGGAAGCUGGGCUGGAAGUGAAGGUGGAGGGAAUCAUGCAUCCUUCACCCAGGAAUCCGCUGGCCAAUAAGGGUUGGGCUUCUGUGGCUCGAACCAAAUUAGAGCAGAUAGGGGUGUUGGAAUUGCUCACCAACUGAUUAUAUACUUCUAGAAUGUUUUUAUUUGUAUACAGUAUGUUGUUUUAUAUAAAGUACACUACACUCAGCCUUUACCUCAAAUACAGUCAGUCAGAUGCCACAUACUCAAUGUCUGAAGCUCACUAGCAUGAUUCAAGGCUAAUGGAGCUAAGGCGUAAUAGAUGGCAUGUCAGGUUGUAUACACACCAUAAACAAAUAUAUUUUAAAACAUGAGCCUAAACUGAAGGCUUUAGGCUGAUCAUCUAUAACAUUAACAUCACAUAAUAUUAAUGCAUUACUUCAGUAAACUACCGUAGUCACAGGAUCAUGGGCACCUAAGGCUUACCUCGAACCAAAGGCCAGCCCGUCCAGUCCGAUCUCAAAGAGAAGCCAAUGCAGCACAAAUCACUGAAAAAAAGUAAAUGCUGGCUGCAUAUACCCAGAUCCUAAUCUAAUAACGCUUCAUGGGAUGCACUGGACAAACAAGUCCGGUCCACAGAGGCUCUUCCCUACGACCCAGAGGACCCAAAUAAUCCAGUGCCAAAACCCUGAGGGGAGAGAGCCACAUUACUGGGCAUAAUGUUUUGUGUUCUAAUGUUUUGGCUGAUCAGUGUAAGCUUCCAUUACCUGUUAGCAAUGUUAGCAUUAGCAUUAGCAUUACUAGUAUGUUCCUACAAUGUAAGAAGCAAACUUCAUGUAACGACAUGUCUGAUCUAAGUGACUGGACUUGCAUUAUGAGAGCAACAUCGAUUAUGUUUUAUUUUAAAUCAGCCACAAAAUGUACAUCCUUUUUUUUUUGUUCUAUUAUCCUCAGUCACAAAUAGUAAUAAACAAUAUUGUCACUAAAAAGGAAGGAAGGGAGAGCAAAAAAAGAUGGAAAGAACCAAAAAAGAAAAAUACAAUCACAACAGAAAGAACUAAAGAAAGGCAUGGAACAGACAGAAAUAAAGGAAAAAGGAAAGAUGAAAGAAAAAUGUAACAGAAAGAAAUCAAUCAAUAAGAACAGAAAGAUGUAAUGGGAAGCAAGUAAGAUAAACAUUACUGCAUUAAUAAAAGAAAUUAAUGUAAUGUAAUAAAACAUGAUGAAAAAAGAGACAAAAAAUGUAAUGGAAAGAAAGUGAAAAGAAGAAAAUGAAAGCCAUAAAAAAAGAAAGAGAGUAAGACUUUUCUAUGCUUUAUUAUUAUUAUUAUCUGUAAAUAUUUUAUAUGCAAAAUGGGCAUCUUUUAUUUAUUCCUGUAUCAUUGCCCUUUAUGCUGUUUUGUUGUGAUAACACAUUUGUAUUCUAGUCCAGUCAAGUUUAAUAAAUCAUGAUUAGAUUCAUUUUAACUAGAUUUUUUCUUUUUAUGGCCAAUCUCUCCAACACUGAAAUGUUCUGUAUGGAAAAUAAAAACUUUUGUUUGA